AUUAUUCAUUUACGAAUGCACAUCUGCCAAAUCUGCGAAUAACCACCGGACUGCUGUGACCAGCUGUGACUACUUCUUUUCGAUGCAACUGCUGCUUACCGUGGGUGGAGUUGGAGUCAGUACCUCUUUCAAAGGCUUCUGGACUUCUCAUUCACCAAACAGGCAUCAUGAGUGGUCCCAUCCAUCGUUCAUGAUCUUUUGAGCGUCCAUACGAACCUGACGGCAGACAGCAACUAGAAUGGAACCGAUACAGUCCUCAAGUCUUGGUGAUCUAGCAGCACAGUUGGGGGAGACCAGCUGCUUUCUGAAAGCCACCGAGGACAUCUGGUUCAGAUGCUGUUCCUGCAGUUACUUCACUGGAGAUCAGCAUGGAAUUGUGAGCCACCUGGUUGCCCACGGUGAUGAUCAAGUCAAGUGCCACGAUCCCCUGUCCUCCAGCUCUAGGUCCAAAGUGCACAUCAACACUCAAAUGCAGAGGGGUGAUAGCUUAUCUAACUGUAAGCUGUGCCCCCAAGCCUUUGCUGGUGAUGACAGUCUAAUCCAACACAGUAGAACACACACAGUUAAAAAGCCAUUCAAAUGCAAGCUUUGUCCCCUGGCCUUUGCUUGCAGUUCCCAUUUAAAUAACCACAAUCGAACACACAGUGGUGAAAAACCUUUUAAGUGUAAGCUGUGCCCCCAGGCCUUUGCUCGGAGUUCCCAUUUGAAAGACCACAAUCGAACACACAGUGAUGAAAAACCUUAUAAAUGCAGGGUGUGCCCCCAAGCCUUUACUCUGAAAUCCUAUCUGAAACUUCAUAAUCGAACACACAGUGGUGAAAAACCUUAUAAGUGUAAGCUGUGUUCCCAGGCCUUUGCUUGCACUGCUAAUCUGACCCAGCACAAAAAAUUGCACACUGGUGAAAAACCAUUUAAGUGCAAGCUAUGUUCCCAUGCCUGUGCUCGAAAGUCCUCGCUGAUACGUCAUAAUCGAACACACACAGGUGAAAAGCCUUAUUUCUGCAUGCUGUGCCCACAAGUCUUCACUACCAGUUACAAUCUGAAUCGCCAUAAUCUAACACACUGUUGAAAAAACCUUAUAAAUCUAGGCUGUGCCCCCAAGCCUUUAUUCUGAAUUCCUAUCUGAAACUCCAUAAUCGAACACACAGUGGUGAAAAACCUUGCAAGUGUAAGCUGUGUUUUUAAGCCUUUGCUUCCAGCACUAAUCUGACCCAGCACAAACAAUUGCACACUGGUGAAAAGCCAUUUAAAUGCAAGUUAUAUUCCCAUGUCUAUGUUCGGAAGUUCACGCUGAUGCACCAUAAUCGAACACACACAGGGGAAAAGCCUUAUUUGUGCAAGCUGUGCUCACGAGUAUUUUCUAGCAGCUCCAAUCUGAGUCAUCAUAAUCGAACACAUAGGGGUGAAAAACCUUAUAAGUGCAAGAUCUGCGCCAAAUCCUUUUUUCAUGAUUCCCAUCUGCGGAGCCAUAAUCAAACACACACUGGCAAAAAAAAGCUAUAAAUACAAGCUACAUUUCUAACCCUUUUCUUUGAAUUUCCACUUAAAAGGUAUAUGGAAUGCACAUGUGUGGAAACAAAUGCAAGCUGUGUUCCAAAGCCUUUGCUCAGGAGUUGUCUGACCUGCCAUAAUUGAAUACACCUGGGUGAAAAGCCCUCAAGGGCAAAUGCUGCCCUCAAGCCUUUUCUCAGAAUUUCAGUCUCAAAUUCCAUAAUAUAAAGCACACAGGCCAUCAGAAUAUUCAUUAUCGAAUGCACACAAUGCAAUUGAGUGUUGACUUUAUUUUCAUGCACUGCUGAGAUGCACUACCUCGUCAGUGGGGUAGUCGAAAUCGAAACCGUGCAACUCCUCUCCAAAGCAACUUGCACUGUGUUAAAUGCAGGGAUUUUCCUAAGUAGUCUAUUGCAGUAAUUUGCCUGUUUCACCAAUACUACAAGGAAUGGAAAAAAAUUUUUUGUCCUGCACACUGUUUUUUUUUUAUGGAACAUUGAGGGUCAAAUUGCUUCCCAACUCUCACACCAGCUUUCCAGUGACGUCACUGGGAGUAUCGCCUGGUUUUCCAAUGGGUUCUGUCUUUGCGGCCCCCAGCGCUCCCUCCGCAAUUACCGACUUCUCAAGGAAUGGCAUCACCAAAGGUCGUUGCGAUUAUGGAUAGAAAAUUUUCGGAAAUUUUGAAAAUUUUGAAAGCCAAAAGCAAACUACGAAAUGAAAAAUAUUUUAGGGAAGUUUUUGAAACAUUGGGAAAAUAGUCCGAGCAGGAAUAAUCCAGUAAUAACCUAAAGGAUUGCGACAAAAGUCAAUAACAGCCAAUGUGUUUUGCGAAUUCUUGUAGUGUAGAGUAAUAUUAAAUUUAUUGUUUUAGCGUUAACACAAACGUUUGCCAAUUUAGCGGAUUCUUUGUUUCUCAUCUGUGAACUGUCAGCAGAAGAAACCUGUUUCAAAGGGUAAAUCCAAAACAAUAAAUCCGAUCCACUGGUAGAUUGCUUUAGCUAACUUUAGUUUUGCAAACCCUUUGGCUCAACGCGCUAAGUUUUUGCCACUCAGCAACACCGUUUGCUUGGAUCUGGUUGAACUUUCCACUGCCAUGGUGAGACCCCGUUCAAAUAUUUGGGUGGAUUUCGAUUUUCUCAAGAAUGGUAAAGGGCCAGCUGUGUGUAGAUUUUGUUGUGCCAAGAAUGAAUUUCCAAACGCAAUCUGUUUGAAGCUUCACAUUGCCAGAUGUUCAAAGUUACCUCUGGACAUUAGACCUGCUGCAGCAUCGGCUAAAUCGGCAAGAUCAGAAUCUGGAAUGAUCUAUCUCUUAAGAAAAAUCCCUUCCAUGGAAGUUGUGCGGCUGGAACAUCUAUCGCUGAAAAACAAAACUGCAAAGUCUCCAUGAGAAACUGAUAGUCUCUACCAGCAUACUUAGUAAUCCAUCCGCUACCAUGCUGUCAAACUGGGGGGGUUGCGGUUCCACGACCCAAUAAGAGCGUCGGAGCAAGUCACAUGUUAGCACUCCAUGUUCGAGGGUACGGAGGCGUCGUUACCACCACAACAAGAGCCCCGUCGGCGACAAAAGAGUGGUUCUAGGUUUCUUUUUCUUUUCAAUUGAACAAUUGGCAAUUGAACUCUGACGAUUCCAUGUAUGACUGAAUUUAAAUUUAAAUUAUAUAUUCAAACAAAAAAAAGUGACACCACAUCUGUAUCAGCUUCUUUUUUUUUCUCCAAGUAGCACUGCGAGUGUUUGCGAUCGCAGCCAUGUAAUCGACCGCUUCCGCUCAACACAUCGCCCUUGCGCUCGAAACUGCCACAGAUUAGAGGGUCAAUUGAAUUUGGUUGUCUCAUGAAGUGUUCCCAAGAGCUCGCUACUCCAGCGGACAGCAAUGUUGAGGCGGUGGACCAUCGUCCGAAGUUGGUUGGUCUCGCAGGAAACAACUCUCUGCCAGCAGACAGCCGGUUCCUUAGUGCACUGAAACACAUGCUCCCGUGACGUGGUGUCAGGUGCCUGGCUCCGACGCUAUUGGGUUGCGGGAGCUGUAGCCUCCACAGUUCGCCAAGUUAUCGUGAAACGGGGUAUAGUUAAAUUCUCACACCACCCAGGAGGUUUCUUAAUAAAUUUAUUUAUUUAUUUAUUUAUUUACAAUACCCUCGGGGCUGGGAAGCGUUAGAGAGGGGAGUGGGUAUUACAGUAUUGUUGCAGUAUUGUUGAAUCACUUCGUGAAAUGUGGUGGAGUCCUCGAUUGGCUGCGGUGUCACCGGGAAGGCCAUUCCAGUUCGCAAUCGCGUCAGGGAGAAGAGCGUUUUGAUCUGCUGGGGGAAAAACAUCACGGCCAGGCUAUUUUUUAGGAUGAUCAAUAGGUUGGUGGAAUGAGAAGAGUCUGAUGUAAUGGGGGCGAAUAAUAGACUUUAUGCAAAAGGCAGUGACGAAACAUUUUACGUCGGGUAGCUAGUAAGCGAAGAGAAAGAUCAGAUUUAAUUUGGGAAACACUAGAAAAACGUGAGUAGUCAGGUUGAAUUAACCGGGCAGCACGGUUUUGGACAGCCUCAAUACUGUCUGUUAGUGAAGAGGGGUGAGGGUGCCAAAUGGAGGAUGCAUACUCUAGGUUUGAUCGUACUAAGGAAAUGUAAAGGAGUCGCUUUAGGUUACUUGGGACAGAUCUGAAGUUGCGACGGAGGUAACCUAGGCUUCGGUUUGCAGCAGACACCACUGAAUUAAUAUGACUGUCCCAAGAGAGGUUCUUAGUUAGAAGAACACCAAUAUACUUGUAUGUCUCAGUUUGUUGUGGCGGAACAGCAUUAAGAGUAAGAAGAGAAGAAGUUUGGAAGGUGGAACGAGAGAAGCGCGUGUGUUUACAUUUGCUAACAUUGAGGGACAUUUGCGAAUUACUACACGAUUUAUUAAUAGAGUCAAGGUCAUUUUGUAGCGCUGCAGAAUCGCAGGGAGAUGCUAUUUUACAAUAAACGACACGCUCAUCUACAAAUAAGCGCGUUGAUGAAGAUACCUGAAGUGGAAGGUCGUUGAUGUAAAUAAGGAAGAGUAGUGGACCAAGGACUGUUCCUUGGGGUACACCGGAUGUAACAAGGGCCAAGACAGAUGAAGAGUCGUUAGCGUAAACAAACUGGUUACGUUGCGAGCGGAAAGAUUUAAUCCAUGAGAGUAUGUUGGUUUCAAAUUUUAACAACUAAAGUUUUAGUAGCAGUUGGUUAUGCGGUACUUUGUAGCAAAGUUAAGAAAUACAGCAUCGGUUGGAAAACCGGAGUUGAGGCUAGAAAAAAUUGCAGUGGCUUUGCUCGGCUAUGCCAGGAUAUACAUAGCGUGAGCUUAGCUAUACCACUCUGGCAAAUGCCCCGCUAUAUGUAUACCCCCACUGAUACUUGUGCGCAUGCACACAAAAUGAGAGGCGCUAUCAAGAGGCUCCGGUGCAGCGUCAGACUUGGCUACUGCACAACCGAGGCGCACAGCUGGGCACGCGGCGGCGCCAGUGCGUCUGCUGCUGCUAUGACAUCACUCCUCUGAAAUGCGCAGACCGGCGAGGCGCGCACGGCGGCGGCAGCUCGGGCGCACCAGCUGUGCGCCGUGUGACAUCACUCCUCCUCGCGCAUGCGCAGCACGGCUCUCCAGGAGCCACGCAAAACUGCUCAACCUCGGCCAGUGUAGCUCGCGCUACAAAAAGGUCAUGGGUUAAGCAGAGAAGCUGUUUCACAAGAGAAGUUUCUACGGAAGCCGUGCUGUGCCUUUUUAAAAAACAAAAUGGAAUUGAGUUGAAUGGAUAUAUUCUUAUGGAUUAUGUCCCCCAGUAUUCUUGAAGGUGCAGAAGUAAGAGAGAUAGGCCUAUGGUUUAAGGGAGAUGACUUAUUACCGCUCUUGUGGACCGCAACGACCUUUCAAAAAAGGCUCAAUGAACGCACUCUGCGCUGCAGUAUUUCAGAGUUGAUGUUGUCGAUGCCACAGGAUGAAGACACUUUUAUGGACUUAAUAAUUUUCACAAUACCGUCAAAAUCAACACAUAUUGGAUCCAUACGAGGGAAACUGUAAUAAAUAGUUGGUAACAAUGCUAAAGGACUUGGGAUGGUGAACUGAGCAGAGAACAUGUCAUUUAAAAUUGAGGCACGCUGAUGCGCCUCUAUUUUAUUUUUAGAUUCAUCUUCAAGGUUAAGUGGCAAACAUGGAGUAUGGUUAACAACUUGCCAGGAUUGGGGAGGGUUAUUGAGUAGCAGGGAUGAAAGGGUUUCCUGGUUGAAAAUAGGUUUCCGCUCCGCAGGCAUGCAUUUGUACUCGUACAAAGUAAAUACAAAUGCAAGCAUGUGUUUGUACUUAACAUUGUACCAGUGGGCAUGUUUUUAAUACCAUGUAAUGACUCUUCAAGACUGUGUCGAUGAAAGGUGUAAAGAUAUUGGAACUUACUUUAACACACUCAUACCUGAUGUGUUUUCACCAUUCUUCUCUGCAAAGAAAUUUUCGUAAUUAUGUAUUUAUACGACAGCUGCUUUGAGAUUAUCGUCUGUAGUGUUUCAGUGCUCGCUAAAUUUUGUUGCUCCGUGUUUUUGUUCUCAAGAGUUGUUUCCACGUUGCCUGUCCCCCUUUGUCAAAGGUCUUGGAUUGUAGGCAUCAGGGUAUAUCAGGCUAUGCAUUUUGCUCUUUUUGUAUUAUGCAGGAUAGUAGUUUGUUUCUAUGCUUCUCUAAUGGCAAAGAUUCUGAUAUUUUUGCAACAGGAUGAGAUGGGUCAGAGCAGCUAAAUCUCAAAGAAUACAAAUUCAGCCAUCAUUCUGCUUGGGUUACAGAAUACAAUGUGUUUUUGCGUAAUGUGUGCUUAUUAUUGAAUUUUGUAAUACAUUUGUAAACAGAGCUCCAGUUUGGUUUGAUUAAUUGUUUAUUAUGCUCACCUUGUUUGUCUCUGAACAAAAUUUGCAAAUGAAAAAUGUGGAAUCAGGCUUCUUUUUGACUGUAUCUUUAAAAUAAAAAUUGGCGGACCCAGCU